AUGUCCAAUGGGAAAGACGCGAAUGCUGCUCAGAACGACUCAUCCCAGAUGACCCUGGGAGAGAGCCUGGAUGAGUGUAUGGAGGCCAUGGAUCUGUUCCUAAACAACCACUUCAAUGAAAGUCUGGAAAGGCUGCAGUCAAAAGUAGGUGAGAGUAUGUACCAUGCUCUUUUCUACGCCACAGUCCUGGAAAUGCAAGCCAUGAUGACUUUCCAGCAUGAUGACAUUUGCAGUGCUGGAGCUACCAUGAAGAAUGCUCAGGAUCUUUGUCAGAGGUUUCGCCGUAAAACUCCAAAUUUAGCAAAGUCGACUGGGGAGCCACUCACUGAAGUGCAACUCCAUGCAGAAGUGUGUUUUGCAGAAUGCCAGCUUCAAAGAGCUGCUCUCACUUUCCUACAGGAUGAGAAUAUGGUGAGUUUUAUCAAAGGUGGGAUCAAAGUACGAAACAGUUACCUCAUUUACAAAGACUUGCAUUCCUAUGUAAAUUCUCAAACCUGUUUUAAAGGACCAAACCACAAUCAAUUAGAGGGUGGGAUUUCUUUUGGAAUAGGAGCAUUUAAUCUGUCACUCUCUUUAUUCCCACCACGAAUAUUAAAAGUUUUAGAGUUUGCGGGUUUCUCGGGAGAUAAGGAUUACGGUUUAUCGCUGCUGGAUGAGGGGGCAACAGCAUUGAAUCUGCGCUCCAUGCUAUGUGCUCUGCUACUGCUUUGUUACUACACUUUUCUAACAUUCAUACUAGGAACAGGUGAGGGACAUGUGGUGGAAGCUGAAAGAUUGCUGAAAAUAUUCAGGCUUCGCUACCCCCGGGGUGCGAUAUUCCUUUUCUUUGCUGGCAGGGUAGAGGAGAUGAAAGGAAACAUCGAUGAGGCAAUUGCUUUAUUUGAAGACGGCUGCAAAGCCCAGCAAGCAUGGAAGCAGUUCCACCACAUGUGCUACUGGGAGCUGAUGUGGUGUUUCACCUAUAAGCGGGCGUGGAAAAUGGCCUAUUUCUAUGCAGACCUACUAAGCAAGGAAAGCCGCUGGUCCAAGGCAAUGUACAUAUACAUGAAAGCUGCUUAUCUCAGCAUGCUGCCAAAGGAAGAGGAGCGCCCCUUCGGCGAGAAUGAGGUGGAUCUCUUCAGACAAGUACCUGCCUUUAAGCAAAAGAUAGCAGGGAAGUCUCCCCCCACUGAAAAAUUUGCUAUCCGCAAAGCUCGCCGCUACCAAACCCACUGCCCAGUCAGGCUAGUCGUGCCAGUGCUGGAGAUGAUGUACAUGUGGAAUGGUUAUAGUAUGAUCAAAAAACAACCAGAGCUGACUGAAGGAAUGAUGCAGACUCUAGUGGACGCUGAGCGCACCCUCUUGGAGUCUCCAGAGAAUGAGUAUUCACUAGACGACCGUUGUGUAAUCCAUCUGCUGAAGGGAUUGUGUUUGAAAAAUCAAGGACUCCUCCAGGGUGCUGAGGAAUGCUUUCAUAAAGUUUGUUCUAGUGAGAAGAAGCUCCGGUUCGACCACUACCUCAUUCCUAACUCCAUGGUGGAGCUUAGUCUCCUUUACAUUGAACAAGGCCGAAAGGACGAGGCCAUCAAACUGCUGCACAAGGCUAAACACAACUACAAAGAAUACUCCAUGGAAUCACGUACGCAGUUCAGGAUCCAUGCCGCUCUGGCCAAGCUGAAGGCUGGCUCUGUCGAUUUGGCGGAAACUCAACUAUAA